AUGGCUCGGCUUCCUCCUGGGAUUCACUUCAUCACUUCAUUUUCACGAGAUCAGUGGUAUAGAGCCUUCAUUUUUUCUCUUACUUUCUUGUUGUAUGCCAGCUUUCAUUUAUCAAGGAAACCUAUUAGUAUAGUUAAGGGAGAGCUGCAUAAGCAUUGCGCUGCUUCACAUGAAGUCGAACUCAACUCCUACAAAGAAUAUGCUGCCCAGGUGCAGCCUGUCAAGAAGCCAUCUAAUCUAUCUCAGUGCGGUUGGGAACCAUUUGAUAAGAACAACUACAAACAGUUACUGGGAGCACUGGAUUACUCGUUUCUGUGUGCAUAUGCUGUUGGAAUGUAUUUAAGUGGAAUAAUAGGAGAACGGCUGCCUAUCCGCUACUAUCUGACAGUCGGGAUGCUUGCCAGUGGACUCUUCACUGCAAUGUUUGGAUUGGGUUAUUUCUAUAAAAUACAUAAUCUGUGGUUUUACAUAAUGGCCCAGAUAGCUAAUGGGUUGGUGCAAACUACUGGCUGGCCGAGUGUCGUUACAUGUAUUGGCAACUGGUUUGGAAAAGGAAGGAGAGGUUUGAUCAUGGGCAUCUGGAAUUCACACACUUCAGUGGGAAAUAUCUUGGGAUCCUUAAUUGCUGCUUAUUGGGUGUCUACAUGCUGGGGUCUCUCCUUUGUGAUGCCUGGUGUUAUCAUUGCUGUGAUGGGGAUUGUUUGUUUCCUGUUUCUUAUUGAACAUCCUAAAGAUGUAAGUUGCUCCUGCACACCAUCCAGUAGUUCCAAAACCUUCCUGAAUGGUGCCUCUCGAUUCAGAGUCCAGAUGCCAACCUUAAACGCUAAGGAGACCAGCAAACCUCAGGAUCCAGAGAUGGAGCAUUUGCUUACUGACAGUGAAAAUUGCAGUGUGACACUGAGCUCCAGCGUUGUGGUCCCGGGGGAAGGUAGACACGGGACAUCAGCCAUCAGCUUCUUGGGGGCCUUGCGAAUACCUGGAGUCAUAGAGUUCUCACUCUGUCUUCUGUUUGCAAAGCUGGUGAGCUAUACUUUCCUCUUCUGGCUCCCCCUGUAUAUCACAAAUGUAGAGCAUCUUGAUGCCAAAAGAGCUGGGGACCUUUCUACACUGUUUGAUGUGGGUGGAAUCUUUGGUGGAAUUUUGGCAGGCCUCAUUUCAGACAGGCUGGAGAAGAGGGCAUCAACCUGUGGAAUGAUGUUAUUGCUUGCAGCACCCACAUUAUACAUGUUCUCUGCAGUCAGUAAAAUGGGCCUUGAGGCUACUGUAG